AUGUAUUUAAGUAAUAAAAUACACAACAUUGUUGUUGUUGCAGACUAUCUCUCAGCAUUCCACUUCAAUGAGAAUGCCAACCGGCCACAGUCAACAAGUGCUCUGGGAGGUCCUGCCUUUAAACUGGCCUUCCCUAAAGCGAAGAAAGGGGGAUACAGCCUCAAACGAAGGAAAAUUGAGCCGACAUUCUGCUAUGUAAAUGAACUCAUCGCCCUCACAUUUGAGAGUGUUGUCCCUGACCCAGCACCUUUUACUGAAGAGCUGCAGAAGAUCACCAUUCCAGAGGAUCUUUGUGCUGAGUUCUCGGUGCCAUCCAUGGAAGAGGCCAUUGCAGGAUUUGUGUCACGCUUCAAUCCAGCACAGGUCGAAAACCAGUUGAGGGGAGCCAGUCAGAGCUCAGGUGGACCGACAACCUCAACAACGGUAGUGCAAGAAGGAGCAACGGCAGAGUGUCAGAUGGCCGCCCACCAAGAGCCUGGUUCUGUCCGAGGUUUCUGCCUGUUAAAAGGAAGUUUUCCUCGCCACUGUCGCACAAAACGCUUGCUCUUGGGGGAAUUGUUGGGUCUCUAUAAAAUUUUAUUAAACAUUUGUAAGCUUCUGUUGUCAAUUGUUUCACUGCUGUGGCCCUCACACUUAUUGGUGUUGUAA